AUAUUAAUUUUCAUUUGUGUAUGCGUUUCUACUGUGGCUUUUACAUUUAAUUAACAAUAUGGAUGAACCGUCUUGUAUAACCAAACAGUUUUUAGAAAAAUUAGAAGAAUCCUUUAAGAAAUUUGAAAAUGUACUAAAGAAUGAGCUUGAAAAAAGUGUCGAUAAUACACUGAAAAAGGAUUUCUUCGAUAAUGCCUCAAAGACUAGCAGUGGUUAUGACGACGAAGAAUUCAAUGAUGAUGAACAGGAGGCCGAUCGUCGUGCCCAUCUUCAUGAAGGCGAAGAUGACGACGACAUUUUAAUAAUAUCGGACGAUGAAAAUUACAAUGAAAUUUGGGAAAUAGACUCCGUUUCCACGGACGAUGAAGCCUAUAUUGAGGAAACAACUUGUAGUUCUUGUACGCAAAAGAAAGAAAAGUUGACAUUUUUUAAAAUAUUAAACACACUGCCCUAUUAUCCUCCCAGCGAAGAAAUAAAACUUGCCAAAAAUUCCAAUUUUACUGCCAAAUCUUUACAAGAAAAUAAUACCGAAAUGAUUAAAACCUUUAUAACUGACUCAAAACUGCAUAAAUACAAUAUUGAGAGCGUAUAUAAGAUGAUGCUGGAAAUCGAAGAUGUAACCGAUAUGUCGGAAUACCCGCCGUUAGCGCAAAAAGAUGUCGUCUUAAAUUGUACUGGCAUGGCUAGGGAAUAUUGGAUAUGUUUAAAAAAUUGUCCCGACAUAGAUGAUAUUGUGGCACCCUUUAUGGAUGAAGUGGUUUUGGUGCCUAAAGCCAGUAGUGCCAUUUCGGAAGUAAUUCCUUUAAAAUAUAUGACAGAUCUGUUAUUGCCGCAUGAACAUGAAAGUCCCUGCUAUGAGGAUCUAUAUCGUCGUCGUGUGGCCACCGUGCAACAAAUUUCGAAAGAGCGUGCCUAUUUUCGCUUCAGCAAAGAAGAACAUUUGUCAGCAAAACAGGUGGGCUCAUUAGUUACUACCAAAUACGAUAUCAUAUUUCGACCGCGUCGUUAUCCUUUACGUUAUCAACAUCGUGCUUUAGAACUACUAGCGGAGAGCGAUGAUAUGCGUCACUUUUUGUUUCCCACUGAGAAUCCUUAUAAAGAAUUGGUUUUCCAGCCACAAUUAAACAUGAGUUUAUUUAACACCACCAUAGCCUCGAAUCCGGAACAAUUAGAGGCCGUACAUUAUAUAACCGAAGGCCCCAAUUCUCAAGCUCCAUUUGUGAUUUUUGGUCCACCAGGCACCGGUAAAACAACCACUACAGUUGAGUCAAUAUUACAACUGCGACUUCAUCAUCCCCGAAGUCGUAUACUUGUUACAGCCGGUUCUAAUUCAGCCUGUGACACGAUUGCCUUACGAAUAUGCAAAUAUUUUAAGAGCAAUCCCCGUCUACAACAGUUGGAAAUAAGAGAUCCUAAAAAUCAAAAAUCCCUCAUAAGAAUAUAUUCGAAAAGUGUUAUCGAAAAGGGCGUACACUUGAUCGAUUCUGAAUUGCUGGACAAUUCAAAUUGUAAAGGUGGUAUCCAUCACUAUCCCUCGGUUAAGGAAAUACGUCAGUAUGGCAUUAUUGUGGCCACUCUAUGUACCGUGGGCAAAUUAGUUACUGGAGAUGUGGGUGAAAUGAAUUUCUUUACUCAUAUCUUUAUGGAUGAAGCUGGUGCUUCGACUGAACCCGAAGCUUUAGUUGGUAUAAUGGGUAUAAAAUCACACACAAAUUGUCGUGUGAUUUUGUCAGGUGACCACAAACAAUUGGGACCCAUUCUAAAGUCGGAACGUGCUGCUCAGCUGGGACUGGAGCGCUCGUUAUUGGAACGUUUAUUGAAUAGUCCUUGUUAUGCCAUAGAUGCUAAUUGUAAUUAUGAUCGCACUGUACAAGCACGCUUGAAACGCAAUUAUCGUUCUCAUCCGGAAAUCGUAAGACUUUAUAAUCAUUUGUAUUAUAAUGAUGAACUGAUUGCCGAGGCUAAAUUAGAAGAUGUCAACUUGGCAGCUAAAUGGUGCAAGUUGCCAAAUCCUAAUUUUCCCAUAAUAUUUCAAGCUGUACAUGGCGUCACUGAAAAAGACACUUUAUCGCCAAGUUCAUUUAAUAAUUUGGAAAUACAAGUGUUAAUGUGGUUCUUACAACGUCUUCUAGUUGAUGGCAUACAUGGCCAAAAAGUUGAACAAACCGAUAUUGGCAUUAUAACACCCUAUAGAUUACAAAGUAAACGUAUACAGAAUCGUCUCAAUGGCCGUGGUUGGUCGGGUGUGGAGAGUGGUUCUGUGGAAACAUUUCAGGGCAGAGAAAAACAAAUUAUUAUAGUGUCUCUGGUGAGAUCGUUUGCUGGUCUAGGAUUUGUGCGUAAUCCCAAGCGUCUAAAUGUUAUAUUGUCCCGGCCCAAAUCGUUACUCAUUUUAAUGGGAAAUCCUUUGACCUUAAGACGUCAUGCUGAUUUUGCUUUCAUUAUGGAUGAAUGUAAAAAACACGGCACAUUUUUGCGUAAAAAGAAAACUCGAAAACCUAAGAUUAAAUUAGCACCAAGAAGGUCCUCCUCUUUAUUAAAUCUUUCAUCGUUAUCAUUAACUAAAGCAACAACUACCGCCACAAAUACAAAUUUAAUUUAAUCAUUUUACUAUUCGUACUUUAUAUACAUAUAUAUUUGUUUGUUUGUUUGUUUCAGCCAUACAUACUUAACAUAUUUUACAGGAUUUGUAUUGAAUGUCUUUUUUUACUUAAGUUUAAUUUUCAUUUAUUUAUUUUUUGUCAUAUAUAAGUGUUUAAUUUAUUCGAUUAUUUCGUAUUUAACUGUAUUAACUAUGUAUUUUGUAUAGCUUUGUUUUAGUACUUGUCAGACAUGCAGGUUUUACAGGAAAUCGUUCCCGUACUCAAAAUCUCAAUAUAUUCUGAUUAUUUCUGACUAAAACCUGUAAAGCUGUAUAGAAUUGAAACAGACCUUAUUAUAUCAUUUCAUUUACUGUAUUAUUUAUGUAUUUAGCUUACGUUUCUUUUAUGCAACUGUGUUA